AUGCAAGUCGGAGGGAAGACAGUUUCUGACAAAUUUUCAUGUUUUCUUUGCAAAGAUUAUGGAAAACAUACACCUUCUGUCGGAUUUUGCAUUCAGUGUGAUGAUUUUAUUUGUCAUACGUGCUUUGAAAAUCAUAAAAAAUGGAAGGUUGCUAGGAAGCAUACACUUAAAGGCAGCGACAACGAAGCUUCGGCGAAAGAAAAGUAUGAAUGUAGUGAUGACUUCGACGUAUGUGAUAAACAUGACAACGAAACCAUUAAGUUUUAUUGCCCAUCUCACGAAUGUGUUGGCUGUGGAGAGUGCAUGGUUUUAGAACACAAGGCAUGUAUAGUGGAGUACGUACGUGAUAAAGCAAAAGUAUUCAAGGACAGUAAAGAAUUUAAGCAGCUAGUUGAAGAAAUCAGUGAAAGUCUAGAAGAAGUGAACAUGCUUAAAUCUUCUGUUAAACUUAAUAAGACACAAAUUAAAGACAUAAAUGACAAGUUCAAUGAGGAUGUGGAGACAUUUAAAGAUGAAAUCAUUGCGAAUAUUAAGAAACAAUCUGAUGAAAUGAUUAAAGAGGCAGAAAUAAUAAAAAUGGAGAACGCAAAACAAACGGAUGUUCUAGAGGAAGAAUGUGGACGUGUUUCAAAAGACUUAGCUUCACUGACACAGACAGUAGAUAUGCUAAGUUAUAAACCAAAUAAGUUGUUUGUAAGUUCCUUACAACUUCAUAAAACAAAGAAGGACAUUCUUGAUCAACUGGAAGAAAUGAAAGAAAGAAAUGUAAUCGAAAAUUAUCACUUCAUACGAGACAGUCAGAUGGAAUGCACAAAACUUGGAAGAUUGCUUAAAGACGAGAGAUCGGGUAUUAAAUUUAUUUUAACAUGA